GAAGAAAAAGGAUCUUCGUGAGAGCUCGCUGACACUUGAAUAGCCGAUACUCGCUCUCUGACGCCUCUUCUUUUAGGAUUCCAAGUGGGAAAAAAAAAAAAAAAGGAAAAGCCAACAUCUCGAAAAAAAAAAAAAAACUAGAAAUUAAAAAAAAAAAGGAAAAAUCUUUACGGAGAGAGAGAGAGAGAGAGAGAGAGAGAGUAUGGAUGUAGUUGCGUUCGGCAUCAUAAUCGGCAUAAUCGUACUUUUCCUUUGUAUUGUUUGUUUCAUCACCAUUGAAGGCACCUGCAAGCGCCGCAAUUCUUAGUCUUCUCCCAAACACCUCCUUUCCACGCUUUUCUUAAUUUCUCUCCUAAUACUUUUAUUAGUUACCAAUUUUUUUGUUUAUUUAUUUUAUUUUUAUCUUUUUGGUUGAAAUUUGAACAUGGUGUUUUGUAAGAAGCAGAUUCAGAUCUUGCUGUCUUUGUUACUGCUUUUACUCUUCUGCGCCAAUCUAUGCCUUGGUAGUGGAUUCUGUGCGUCGCCGGUGCAUGAUCAUUCCCAUGGACACCACCACCACCACCAUCACGACUGCGACCAUCAUCAUCACCAUCAUGAUGAUAAACAUGACAGUCACGCGAUUGAAUCGAAGCUGCCAGAGGAAUUGGCGGAGGAGGAGGAUAUGAAGCUCUAUGGAUUUAGUAACUACCACAUUCAUGAUCACCAUCCCAGUCACGGUCACGACCGUGAUUUGAAUCUCACUGUUCUAGGUCUUUGGUUACGUGCUUUGGGAUGCUCACUUUUGGUGAGCUUGGCUUCCCUUAUCUGCCUGAUUAUUUUGCCAGUCAUAUUUAUACAAGGAAAACCAUCAAAGGCAGUUGUUGAUUCAUUGGCUUUAUUUGGGGCAGGAGCUAUGUUAGGGGAUGCCUUUCUUCAUCAAUUACCACAUGCCUUUGGUGGUGAGCACUCUCACUCUCAUGAUCAUGGCGCUGACCAUUCUCAUCAUGCUUAUGUUGGACAUGGGCACUCACAUGCCCAUUCUUUGAAAGAUCUUUCUAUUGGGUUGUCUGUCUUGGCUGGCAUUGUACUUUUUCUUCUUGUAGAGAAGCUGGUUAGAUAUGUUGAAGAUAACUCUAGUGGAGCUUCUGCAUGGAGUCAUGGUCACCACCACCAUCAAAAGAGCAGUAAGAAAUUGAAAGAUGGUGAUGAUGAUGACGUUAACGAAGUUAUGCAGUCAAAAUCUCCCAAGGAAACUGAAGGAAAUGUGUCAGAUGAAGUUUCAGAUAACUAUUUGAAUGGGGUUAAUUUGACUGAAAAUGAAUCUCUUCUUCGGAAGAGAAAGUCUACUCCUGAUUGCAAGGAUGAUAUGUCAGAUAUUGAUGCUACAGGUGGCUCUACCAGUACUAAAAAAUCCCUGAACAAAAAGGAAGUUGGUCAGGCACCAUCAAAUCUGGUGUUUGGUUAUCUCAAUUUGUUUUCUGAUGGUGUUCACAAUUUUACUGAUGGAAUGGCUUUAGGAAAUGCAUUUCUCCUCUAUGGAUCUAUUGGAGGAUGGUCUAGAACUCUAUUUUUGCUUGCACAUGAACUUCCUCAGGAGGUGGGAGAUUUUGGAAUUCUGGUAAGAUCUGGUUUUAGUGUAACUAAAGCCCUUUUUUUCAACUUCCUUUCAGCGUUGUUGGCUCUAGCAGGAACUGUAUUGGCUUUGCUCUGGGGACAAGAUCCAGGACAGUCAUCUUUGAUUGAGGGAUUUACGGCUGGCGGCUUCAUAUACAUUGCUGUUGCUGGAGUGCUUGCAGAAAUGAACAACAGCAGCUCAACAUUUAGAAGUUCAUUGGUUCAGAUAAUUUCACUCAUACUGGGCAUGGCUAUCGCCCUUUGUAUCUCACUCGUAGAAUGAUAAUGUAAUUUAGAUGUGUGUAUAAUUCUAGCCCAACUCAACUUCAAAGGUACAAGAAUCAGAUUCAUGUCCAUUUCUAGCCACAAAAAUGACCUCGUUGGUACACUUGUAGAAUGAAAAUAUUUUUGAACUGUUUAAUCAUAGGAAAAGUUAAAUUCUGAAGGUACAAA